CCGCAACGUCAAACUUGGCGUUUGUUGAACUUACGCCGUGUCACAGUUUACUAGCUGCCUCGCCAGUGCUAGUACUCGUUUGGUCCGUGUUGGCCAGCGUUGGCCUCGUUCCAUCAUAUAAGAUACCCGCUACGUUUUGCGUUAUAUAUAUAACUUGUCAAGGCUAGCUGCCGGUGACUAGCUUAUAGAGCCGCUAUCACUCAACGAGUUGAACUGUAGAAACCAGUCAAGCUCAUAUCUCCUUUGCGACACCCCCUUCUCGCUUUCCUGUGCCCGUUAUAAUUGUGGUUCAUAUAGACCUCGUCUAUUAUGGCUCAAUCAGGAGGACACUGGCACCCCAAUCCACAGCUCAUGCAGCAACAUUCCAUUCCUCAGGGUUGGCAAGGCACCUGGCCGCCGCCACCUGGUGUUGCUCUCCCUCCAAAUUUCCCCGGUCCACCACCCAUGCCGGCUGGCGCCAACGCCCACCCUCAUUGGAAGGCUGGCUUCUGGCAGUACAACCCUGCCUAUAAUAAUGCAGGUCACGGUGUCCCAUGGGCACCUGGCAUGGGGUGGGCCCAGAACGUCCCUGCUAACUUCAACCCUUACAAGCGCGUCCCGCGUCCGCCAAGUCCGAGUUACUGGCAGACAAAGCUUACCGAGAAUGGUCUUGGUUUGGAGAACAUGGUCCCUGCGAGAACAGAUCGAGAACGAGAGUCAACUAGAGAGGCACAAGGAGAUGCUGCACCACAAACUCCUUGGAUAUGGAAUCCGCCGAGUUUGUUUCAACCAGAUGGAGCAGACCGCGCGACCCCCACGAAGGACUUUAACAAUCGUCGCAGCUCGCAAGAUAGUAAUCGGAGUAACUCCACCCCGACCAGGGACCAUGGACCCCCGAGAAGAAGUUCACAGGACAGCCAUAACACAGCAAGCACGGGCACACCUGUACGAGACUAUUUUUACAGUCAUCCGCAAACGUCAAGACAUGGUUCCUUAGACAGCCUCAACUCUCGGCCACAGGGUAUGAGCCAACAACCCAUUUCUUCGGCAACUCCGCCACCACCAUCGUCACAUGGUCGUGCAGGUUCGAUUUACUCAAGUCGAACAUCAUCGUCAGGACCGCUACGGGCACCUCCCUUUCCAGCUCCGCCACCUUCAUCUUCAUCUACAUCAACGUCGUUUGCAACCCGUUCACAACAGCCUCUUCAUGCGCCCGUAUUCACCAGAGAGCCAGAGUCAUUUACGUCCAGGGGAGACCUCCAAACGACAUUCUCAUCCAAUAUCGUGCGGACCCCUACUCACUAUCAAGGGACACAAAGACAUGCGGAUGAGGCUCUUGACCAUCUUUCGCGCUCAUCUUCAGCGCCUCAGCAGAACGCCUCGGCGUCCUCUUCCCGCGGUCUUCCAGUGCCGGAACCCCUUUCGCGGCAUCAUUCAUUCCCAACCACGUCCUCACCGUCCUCGAUAGCUUCACUGUCCACAUUUACGGAGGGUAUGGCUAGCGCACUGAGCCCCCUCGUCGAUUCCGCGGCCAGAUCUGCUGCUCCUGGUUCAUUAUCACGAAGUAGGACAGAGCCUGUGAUCCCGCCGGCCCAUUUGUCAACCAUCCCGGAGUCUAUGACGUCGUCUGUUCAUUCGAGCGCUGAUGAAUUUUUCUAUCCUCUAUCCGUACCUCCAGAUUCUGACGAGGAAUCGCCAGAACCGUCCCCUUCGCGUGUUCGCGUUCGCCAGCGGGAGAGAGAACGUGAACGAGAGAGAGAGCGCGAGCGACACAGAGACAGGAGCCAGGAAUACGAGAGAGAUCGCGAGCGACAUAGAGAAAGGAGCCGGGAUCACGAGAGAGAUCGCGAGCGAAACAGAGAUAGGAGCCAGGAAUACGAGAGAGCGAGUCGUCUGACACCAUACAACAGUAGCUCGCGGUCCUCGAAUCCUCUCCCACCGCCCCCGAUGGAACGCCCCAACCCAGCUGCGUCCGCACCGCCUCCUCAGUCUCCCGAGCCUGCACACUAUGUACGACGUGUACGGAAGGGGUUCUGGAACCGACGUGGUGACUACCUCACAUCGAAUUCGUAUGUCGUCUAUGCACCAGAGGACAAGGCGUACCCUGCAGAGUUGCGGGAUUACCCAGACGAGGCGGAGGGAUAUAAAGAUCAGUAUGGUGCCUUUGUGCCGUAUCUGCCAGAGAGGCCAGAGUUACCUGCGAGUUUGCCAUAUCAUGGACGACCUCCAGCGCAGCCAUAUGACAGCUUUGUCGUUUACAGUUAUCAUUGAGGGAUAAUAAUUUAUUGCCAUCAUUGGUGGUUCGCGUUCACCAGAGCAUACAUAAAACAGAUCUGGUACAUUGUAUAAGUAUAAUCAUAAAUGCCACGGACGG